UUGAGCCGGCUUUGCGGUCGUUUCGCCGAUGCUGCCUGCCGUUUGAUCUCUCAUGUCUUCCAAAAAGAACAGAAAGCGCCUGAACCGAAGCGCGGAAAAUGGUUCGCCUUCGCCCUCUUCUGCUUCCUCUCGUGCGGGGGCCCUUGCUCCUUCUGCUGGGCCAGGCUUCGCGGCGGCGACCUGGACUCUGGUGGUGACCAACUUCCUCGAAAAGGAUGGCAAAGUUCCUAAAACAUUCCAGAAUUCCCUUGUUCAUUUUGCACUCAACACUAUGAAGUCUGCAAACAUAUGUAUAGGUCGACCUGUGCUGCUUACCAGUUUGGAUGGAAAGCAAGAGGUUUAUACAGCCUGGCCAGUGUCAGGAUUUCCUGGAGGCAAGGUUGGCUUGAGUGAAGUGGCACAGAAGAAUGUGGGCGUGAGGACUGGUGAUGCCAUCCAGGUCCAGCCUCUUGUGGGUGCUGUUUUACAGGCUGAGGAAAUGGACGUGGCACUGAGUGACAAAGACAUGGAAAUUAAUGAAGGAGAACUAACUAAUUGUAUUCUGAGAAAACUAGAUGGCAGGAUUGUUUUACCAGGCAACUUUUUGUAUUGUACAUUCUACGGACGACCAUGCAAGUUGCAAGUGUUGCAAGUGAAAGGGGCUGAUGGCAUGACAUUGAGAAGGCCUCAGAGUGACUCUAACACUGAUGCCCAGGGAAUGGCCUCUGAACGGUCUAGCAUGGAAACCAGUAGCCUGGAUGUAUCUUUACGGCUAAGCCAGUUAGAUCUGGAAGAGCCCUGGAACCCAGCAUCAAGAAGUACUCCUUGUAAACCAGUAGAUGACAGAAUUAUAAAUAAAACCUGUGACAUUUUGUUGGAUGUUUCACAGAGCCCUGGGGAUGGCAGUGGACCUCUGCUAGAGGAAGUCACAGGUCUUAAAUGUAGUUUUGAGUCUGCCAGAGAAAGAAAUGAGCAACUUAUCAAUGAGGAGAGACUGCUAAAAUCCACCACCAUGGGAGCAAAGUGCAAUACUGAUACUUUUUAUUUUAUUUCCUCAACAACAAGAAUCAAUUUUACAAGUAUUCGUACAAAUUCAAAAGAGCAAGACAACCAGUUCAAAGUAACUUAUGACAUGAUAGGAGGCUUAAAUAGUCAGCUGAAAGCAAUUAGAGAAAUAAUUGAAUUGCCUCUGAAACAGCCUGAACUUUUCAAGAGUUAUGGAAUUCCUGCACCUAGAGGAGUGUUACUCUAUGGCCCUCCAGGUACUGGAAAGACAAUGAUUGCCAGGGCUGUUGCUAAUGAAGUUGGAGCCUAUGUUUCUGUAAUUAAUGGCCCUGAAAUUAUAAGCAAAUUCUAUGGCGAGACGGAAGCAAGGUUACGUCAGAUAUUUGCUGAAGCCACUCUACGGCACCCAUCAGUUAUUUUUAUUGAUGAGCUGGAUGCACUUUGCCCUAAAAGAGAAGGGGCUCAGAAUGAAGUGGAAAAAAGAGUUGUAGCUUCACUCUUAACACUCAUGGAUGGCAUUGGUUCAGAAGGAAGUGAAGGACAGGUGUUGGUCCUUGGGGCCACAAAUCGCCCUCAUGCUUUGGAUGCUGCGCUCCGAAGACCUGGACGCUUUGAUAAAGAGAUUGAGAUUGGAGUUCCUAAUGCUCAGGAUCGGCUAGAUAUUCUCCAGAAAUUGCUUCGAAGGAUACCCCAUUUGCUCACUGAAGCUGAAUUGCUGCAGCUGGCGAGUAGUGCUCAUGGAUAUGUUGGAGCAGACUUGAAAGCCUUGUGUAAUGAAGCUGGUCUCUGUGCCUUGCGGAGAGUCUUGAAGAAACAGCCUAAACUCCCUGAUAGCAAGGUGGCUGGGUUGGUGAAGAUUACUCUGAAUGAUUUCUUGCAGGGAAUGAAUAACAUCAGGCCCAGUGCCAUGAGGGAAGUAGCAGUUGAUGUCCCAAAUGUAUCCUGGUCAGAUAUAGGAGGACUGGAAAAUAUCAAACUGAAAUUGAAACAGGCCGUGGAAUGGCCCUUGAAACAUCCAGAGUCUUUCAUCCGAAUGGGUAUUCAGCCACCUAAAGGAGUUCUCCUGUAUGGGCCACCUGGGUGCUCUAAAACAAUGAUAGCAAAGGCUUUGGCUAAUGAGAGUGGACUGAAUUUUCUAGCUGUAAAGGGGCCUGAACUAAUGAAUAAAUUUGUUGGUGAAUCUGAAAGAGCAGUUAGAGAGAUCUUCCGAAAAGCGAGAGCAGUGGCUCCUUCCAUUAUUUUCUUUGAUGAACUUGAUGCCUUAGCAGUUGAAAGGGGCAGUUCUUCAGAUGCUGGGAAUGUAGCUGACCGUGUUUUGGCUCAGCUCUUAACGGAAAUGGAUGGAAUUGAACAGCUAAAGGAUGUGACAAUUUUGGCAGCUACUAACCGCCCAGAUAGGAUAGACAAGGCCUUGAUGCGACCUGGAAGAAUUGAUAGAAUCAUCUAUGUGCCUUUACCGGAUGCAGCAACAAGAAGGGAAAUAUUUAACCUGCAGUUUCACUCUAUGCCAGUGAGUAAAGAGGUUGAUCUGGAUGAACUCGUCCUCCAAACUGAUACAUAUUCAGGAGCAGAGAUUACAGCUGUAUGCAGAGAGGCAGCUCUGCUGGCUCUGGAAGAAGAUAUGCAAGCCAACUGCAUUAUGAAAAGACAUUUUACUCAAGCAUUGAGCACUGUCACGCCUAGAAUUCCAGACUCAUUGAGAUGUUUUUAUGAAGAAUAUCAAGAGAAGAGUGGACUACAUACACUCUGAGGAAAUAUGCAUAUUCAUUAUUCUAAAAAUUCUUUAUAGAGAAAAUUUGUUUCUUUUCUAAAUUUUGUCUUGAGAGUGUUAAAAAAAAUCCUUAAUAGGCAGCGUGUCUGAAAUACAUUCACUGGAAUUGAGGGGGGUUAGUUCUAAUAGACAUUUUGAAUCUGUGAGUACAAUGAAAAUAUCUCCGGGCAUGAGUUCAAAUCAGUUUUAUCUGGAAAUAUGUGCUGAGUUUUAAAAAGCAAAUGUUUAGCUUUUUUGUUUUUGAUUUGGUUUAUUCAUUCCAUGAAAUGGUUUUCUUACUCUAGAAUCUUUUAUUGGCUUUCUAAAUUGCAAACCCGUGGACAUCAAUUUUAUACAAGAACACAAAAAAUGUAUGUGGAUAAAUUUGUGGUGAAAAAUAGUCACAAAUCUUUAUUUUUGAGGACCAGACAAUGAAGUGGCCAAAUGUGCCAGCCAGGCUUAUGUGGCCCUGUUUCCAAAUAUGUAUUUGUUUUCAUUAUUAUGUACACCUGCAUAUUCACUUUAGCCUUCUUAACCUGUACUUGUGGCAAAAAAAGAAAAAAAGAAUUCAGAGUUAUUUCAUAUAAUACGAUGCCCUUUGAAAGUUUUAAAAAUUGCAAGUAUAAACCCAGUUCAAACCUAGAGCAAUAAGCUUGGUUUUUUCAUAAAAUGCUAUAAAUAAAUCAUAUGAAGUGUU